AUGAAGCUGCUCGCGUAUUUCAUGCUCCUUGGUCUUAUGGCUGUUGCCUUGGCUGCUACAGGGUAAGUAAUUGAAUCUUAAUUUGUAGCCUAACCUCUGAGCGGACGUGACAAAUGUAUCACCGUUUAUAACUAAAUUUAUGCGUUUACAUUUUUCCGCCGUCGUCUGGAGAAUGUGCGCUAAAUGUCGUGGUAAACAUCGUUAAAACAUAAAAAUAUUUGUUUUCAAUCAUAUUUUUCAGCCUUCGCCUGAAACGUCAGUUUGGUCGUGCUAGUGAAACCAUCACAGUUAGUGAAAACAUCCGAGGCGGUGGCCCAGGACCAUACGGCGGAAGAGGGGGUGGUUUUGGUGGCCCAGGACCGUACGGCGGAAGAGGAGGUGGUUUUGGUGGGCCAGGACCCUACGGCCGUUUCGGUGGCGGACCGCGUGAAACUGUCACUGUUACAAAAACGUUCACGGAAGUUGGAAAGAAAUAA